AUGACAGGUAGUCUUCAUACCGGAGAGCCGAUUGCCAUCGUGGGAAGUGCUUGCCGCUUUCCGGGUGAUGCAACAACGCCCUCGAAGCUAUGGGACCUUCUGAAGGCACCUCGCGAUGUUCUUAACGAAAUCCCAGAAAGUCGUUUCAAUACCAAAGCGUUUUACCACCCUGAUGGCCUUCACCAUGGCACUACAAAUGUUCGGCAUUCCUAUUUGUUGUCCGACGAUCAUCGAUUGUUUGACGCACAAUUCUUUGGAACAAAGCCGGUGGAAGCGAACUCGAUUGAUCCACAACAGAGGCUGUUGCUCGAGACUGUUUAUGAGGGCCUGGAAACGUCCGGAAUUCCCAUGGAAAAGCUACAAGGGUCGAACACCGGUGUAUAUGUUGGCCUGAUGACCAACGACUAUGCCGAUAUGUUAGGUCGGGAUGUGCAGAACUUUCCCACUUAUUUUGCAUCGGGAACUGCCCGAAGCAUUCUAUCCAACCGAGUGUCCUACUUCUUCGACUGGCGCGGACCCUCGAUGACCAUCGAUACGGCGUGUUCGUCUAGUCUGAUCGCCCUACACCAGGCCGUACAGAGCCUGCGAUCUGGUGAGACUGAUGUUGCGGUGGCAGCAGGAACCAACCUUCUGCUGGGGCCGGAGCAAUACAUCGCAGAGAGCAAGCUGAAGAUGCUCUCCCCGACGGGUCGCUCGCGCAUGUGGGAUAAAGGCGCAGAUGGAUAUGCACGUGGAGAUGGAAUUGCCGCCGUCAUACUCAAACCAUUGAGUGCCGCAUUGGCAAAUGGGGAUCACAUUGAGUGUAUAGUUCGGGAGACGGGUGCCAAUCAAGACGGUCGCACCAAAGGAAUUACGAUGCCCAACCCUGUGGCUCAAGCUGACCUUAUUCGCACGACAUACGCUCGAGCUGGACUCGAUCUUUCUAAACCCACUGACCGACCACAAUAUUUCGAAGCCCAUGGUACCGGAACUCCAGCAGGUGACCCAGUCGAGGCGGAGGCCAUCAGUACUGCAUUUUUUGGAAAGACAGCCAAAUACCACCGCGAUGGUAACCAGGAGGACCCCUUGUAUGUUGGAUCCAUCAAAACAGUGAUCGGUCACACCGAGGGCACGGCUGGAUUGGCAGCGGUCCUCAAAGCCUCCCUUGCUUUACAACAUGCGGUCAUCCCGCCAAACCUACUGCUCAACGAGUUAAGUUCCACAGUACUUCCCUUCUACAGCGACCUUGAAAUCCUUCAAGUUGCUAAGGAAUGGCCUGAGCUCCCAGAAAACACACCCCGCCGUGCUAGUGUCAAUAGCUUUGGCUUUGGUGGUGCGAAUGCACAUGCAAUUUUGGAAGCGUUUGAUUCGAACCUGCUUGCUCGUGGUAGCAACGCCGCAGAUGGUAGCUCUGUAGCCGUGUCACCAUUCAACUUUUCUGCCUCAUCCGAAAAGUCACUUCUCGCCAACAUUGCAGCAUACUCAACAUAUCUGCGAAAUCAUUCGGAUAUCAAUAUCCGCAAUUUGUCAUGGACAUUGAACUCCCGGCGUUCUACUCUGCCAGUACGGCUGUCAGUGUCUGCAUCAAGCCCUGGAGAGCUUGCUGCAAGGCUGGAUGAAGCGGCGGUGUCCUCGGCAAUAACACCAAGCACGCAAACGGGAAGUAUCCGCGAACCAAAACUCCUCGGGGUGUUCACAGGUCAAGGAGCACAGUGGGCAAGGAUGGGAGCUGAAUUGCUCGAAAACCUGCCAAUGGUCAGUGAUUGCAUCAGUCGCCUUGAUCGGUCUUUGCAAGAACUACCCACUGAGCAUCGCCCUGUUUGGUCAUUGAGGGAGGAGCUUGGUAAAGACAAGUCCUCUUCUCGUAUUGGCGAGGCGGCGUUUUCGCAACCUCUUUGUACCGCGAUUCAGAUUGCAUUGGUUCAGCUUCUUUGGGCCGCCAAUCUAAAACUCACCGCUGUCGUCGGUCAUUCCUCUGGGGAGAUUGCGGCAGCGUAUGCCGCGGGAUAUCUCAAUGAAGAGGAUGCUAUUCGCAUUGCCUAUUACCGGGGCUGGUCUCUGCAAUAUGCAACCGGGCAGGCAGGACAGAAUGGGGCAAUGAUGGCUGCGGGGACAUCCUUUGAAGACGCAAAGGAGCUCUGCGAGAUGCCGUCCCUCGCGAACAGAAUUUGUGUGGCGGCUAGCAACUCUUCCACCAGCGUCACAAUUUCCGGGGACGCUGAUGCGAUCGACGAGGCCAGGGAAACCCUUGAAGACGAGAAAAAAUUUGCUCGCUUGUUGAAAGUGGACAAGGCUUAUCAUUCACAUCACAUGCUUUCUUGUGCAGCUCCUUAUAUCGCAGCAGUCCGAAAGUGUGGUGUAGCCAUUCAGCGCCCACCGAGUGGCAGUGCUACCUGGAUCUCUAGUGUAUAUGGUGACAGUAUUGAUAACGUGAACGACAAUCUCGCUGACACAUACUGGAUCAACAACAUGGUCAAGCCCGUACUAUUCUCCCAGGCUGUCACUUAUGCGGUUGGCGCAGCGGGCCCAUUUGACAUGGCUUUGGAGAUUGGCCCUCAUCCAGCGUUGAAAGGACCUGCAAUGCAAACAAUCCAAGAAGUGUCUGGUCAGCCAUUGCCUUACACUGGGACCCUGAACCGUGGUAAAAAUGACAGCGAGGCUUUCUCAUCCACACUGGGUGCCCUGUGGAUUGCCUUGGGUGAGAGUGUCGUGGACUUUACAGGGUUUGAAAUGAAGACAAUGCAAAAGCAAAGCAUUCCACAGCUCAUCAAGGGCCUUCCAUCGUAUUCGUGGGAUCAUGAUCGGGUUUAUUGGCACGAAUCUCGAUCAUCUACCGCAAUCCGCACUGAAAGGGAACCAUUCCAUCCCCUACUGGGUGUCAAAUGCCCCGACGGCACAGACAAUGAGGUACGGUGGCGGAACUAUCUUCAUCCUAGGGAGGUUCUUUGGUUGGCACAUCAUCAGGUCCAAAGUCAAAUGGUAUUCCCUGCAGCUGGGUAUAUAUCGGCCGCGGUUGAGUCUGUGAUUCAGAAGUAUGGCCUAGGUUCUGUGCAACUGAUUGACUUCCAUGAUGUGGUCAUCGGACAAGCAUUGGUGCUUGAAGAAAAUGGGGGACUUUCGAUCGAUCAAGUUCAGGCCAAUUGUGUGUCGGCGUCCUUUUCCUGUCACUCCGACGCCAACAAGGGGUCAUCCAGCAUGUCCCUUCACGCAUCUGCCACCAUGCAAAUUAUCUUGGGGGACCCGAAGCACGAUAUUCUCCCACCACACGCCCCACCGCAAGGUUCGUUCCUUGAUCUGGAAAGUGACCGUUUCUACAACUCUGUUUUUGAACUUGGGUUUGGCUACACCGGCCCCUUCCAGGCCCUUUCCACCUUGCGUAGAAAGAUGGACGAGGCAUCUGGUUUGAUCACUGUCCCAGUGGAUUCUGAAACUGAAAGACCGUUGAUCAUUCACCCAGCCUCUCUUGAUGGUGCCAUUCAGUCCAUCAUGCUUGCUUAUUCCUUCCCAGGUGAUGGGCGUCUACGCACCCUUUACCUUCCCACUCGAAUCGAUAGGCUUCGCAUUAAUCCAGCCGCCUGCGCCGUUCUUGGUGCCCCCGGUGUAGAUCUGCCCUUCUAUUCUGCAGUCACAGAUGCCCGGUUUGCCGAGCUCUCUGGCGAUGUUGAUAUAUUUUCUGCAGACGGGAGGCAUACUUUGGUUCAACUUGAAGGACUCCAUACCACCCCAUUGAGUCCAUUGACAUCCACAAACGAUGUUCCCUUUUUCACAGAAGUGAUCUGGGAUGUCGAUAGGCCCACCGGGCGGCAACCAAAGAAAGCUGAAGACAUGCAUCCCCAAGACUGCUCCCUAGCACUGGAUCUCGAACGCGUCGCCCAUUUCCACUUCAAAAAGCUCGAAAACUCGCCUGAGCACUCCGACCGCGCAAAUACUACUUGGAACCAUACACAUCUUCUCUCAUAUGCAAAGCAUUGUACAGCCUCCGUUGCGAAUGGAAGACACAAAUUCGCAAAGCCCGAAUGGGCAAAUGACACAAUGGAGACUGUUGCUCCAAUUUUAGAUCGUCAUUCCGGUAGUAUCGACAUAAAACUGCUGUCUGCGGUUGGCGAAAACCUUCCUGCUAUCAUUCGGGGGGAUAUGAAUUUGCUUGAAAUCCUGAUGCGUGACAAUAUGUUAGCGGAAUUCUACGCCAACACAUUCGGAAUAGACCCAUACUUGGAUGCUGUUGCUCAGGCGGCUCGCCAAAUCGGCCAUAGAUACCCCCAUGUCAACGUUUUGGAGAUUGGGGCUGGCGCCGGCGCUACUUCGGAUCGAGUCAUGCGUGCAAUGGGGUCCUCGUUUGCGUCGUAUACAUACACUGAUAUUUUGGACUCGCAGUUCGAUGACGCCCGUGAAAGAUUUUCGGAUUAUCAAUCCAGAAUGGCCUUCAAGGUUUUGGACAUCGAGAAGGACAUCGGAGAACAGGACUACGAAGAUGGUUGUUUUGACCUUGUGAUUGCUCCUAUAGCUCUGUACGCCACUAGGAGGCUUGAAUUGACGCUGACAAAUGUUCGCCGGCUACUCAAGCCUGGUGGCUAUCUGAUCAUGCUAGAACUCACUAACUCCGAUGCGAUGCGCUUCGGCCUCAUUCUUGGUGGCCUACCAGGCUGGUGGUUAGGUUACGAGGAGGGAAGAACAUUAUCACCUUGUGUAUCAGAGGAGAACUGGGAAGAACUGAUGCAAAAGGCUGGAUUUUCUGGUUUCGAAGCCCUGGUUUCGUCUUCCAAAACCAUGCCUGUGCCAUUUUCGGUCAUGGUUACCCAGGCUGUCGAUCACCGUGUCAAUUUCCUUCGUGACCCCUUGGCCGCUAAUCAUGUUCCACUGGGUGUGAACUCAUUGACAAUCAUCGGAGGGAAAACAUCCUUGACUGCUGAUAUGGUGGCUGAUAUCACCACUGCGGUCCGUCCCCACUACGGCAACAUAUACACAGCCAGUUCUUUGGGCGACCUUGUCCCAGCAAACCUGCCGGUAAUGGGAUCAGUGAUCACCAGUUCUGAAACAUAUGUCCCCGAGAAUUUGAAGUCAUUCCAAGAGCUCUUCAAACAAAGCAAAAAUGUUCUAUGGUUGGGACACGGUGCCCAAGGGGAGAACCCCUAUGGCAACAUGUUUGCAGGAGUUCAACGCACAUUGGCCAUGGAAAUGACUCACCUCCAUAUCCAUUUCCUCAACCUCCAUUCACUGCAUGAUGCUGACGCCAAUAUCAUUGCGACGAAGCUGCUCCAUUUGGAAGCUGCCGAAAUUUGGGACCAAGCGGGACAGCUCGAUGGGAUAUUGUGGUCUAACGAGAGGGAACUGAUGCUGCAAAAUGGGCAGCUCAAAGUUCCUCGAUUCCGCCUCAAUACUGGUCGAAAUGAUCGAUACAACUCCUCAAGGCGCCUCAUCAUUAACAGGGUUGAACGUGCCGGGGCUGUGGUCAGCAUCCAACCGACAGAAAUUGGAUAUCAAAUUGAAGAAAAGGACCCUCGAAUCUCGCCGUCUUUCCCGGAUGAUGUGAGUAUCGAUCUGACUCACUCUUUGCUACGUGCCAUCCGUAUCACACCAUCGGACAAUUAUUUUUUGGUGGUUGGGAAGAAUUCGAGGAAUGGCGAGCGGGUGAUUGCCCUAUCGCAUACCCUAGACUCUCAAGUUCGUGUGCCACAUGGCUUGGCUGUGCGAUGUGGAGAUUCCGAAGAGCUAGGAAUUCGAUCGAUGCUCACCCUCUAUUUCCAUUUCCUUGCUUUGUCUAUGCUGCAACAGCUUCAAUCGGGAACUACGCUGGCUGUGUUAGACUCUGACUUUUCAUUUGCCCCCGUCCUUACGAAAUACGCAAACGAAAGGGGCGUUCAACUUGUACUUUUGACAACAAAGGAAGGUCAUUGCUCGUGGCCAUGGAUCCGAAUCCACCCAAACUCCACCCGGCGUGAAAUACUGAGCAAGUUACCUGUCAAUGUUUCACGGCUUGUCAAUAUGGGUGGAAGCUCUGACGUGGCUACCCUUCUGAGGGCAUGCUUGCCGACCGAGUGUCAUUUCGAGAGUGAGAACACUUUAACUGCAAACUGCUCCCACUCUCAGUACACCUCAGAUAGAGGCCAAUUGGCUAUGCAGCUCCAGAAUUCCUGGACGAGAGCACAAUACGACUUGAUGCCAGUAAAUAUGCACAAGUUUGUUCCUUUAGGACUUGAGGACCUGAUUCGUGCCCAAUCCUCGCUUACGAAGCAGUCUUUAGUUACAUGGGAUGCAUCGCAGCUUGCUGUCCAAGUUCGCCCUGCUACCAAAAAGGUCAAAUUUUCAAAGGACAAAACCUACUGGCUGGUUGGGCUGACAGGUGGGCUCGGCUUGUCACUUUGUCAAUGGAUGAUCGGACAGGGGGCACGAUACAUCGCGCUAUCGAGUCGCAAUCCAAAUAUCGAUGACCAAUGGCUGCAGAGAAUGGCUGCCAAUGGCUGCACGGUUCGAGUCUUUUCCAAUGACAUAACAAAUCGAGAAUCCGUUCAAGCAACCCAUCGAAACAUCAGUGAAACCAUGCCCCCUAUCGCUGGUGUUGCACAAGGUGCCAUGGUGCUCCAGGACACGAUGUUCAUUGAUUUAGAUCUGCCUCGCCUUGAGAAGGUUCUCCGUCCCAAAGUUGAAGGUAGUACACUACUGGACGAGUUGUUCCCAGAUGACACUUUAGAAUUCAUGGUAUUCUUUUCAUCAAUGGCUGCAAUGACAGGAAAUCCCGGCCAGGUUGCCUAUAAUGCCGCGAAUAUGUUUAUGGCGAGUCUGGCAGCCCAGCGCCGAAACCGUGGAUUGGCAGCGCACGCGAUUAACAUCGGCGCCAUCGUCGGUAACGGCUAUGUGACGCGAGAGCUUAACAUGGGUCAACAAUCAUAUCUAUACCGAGUCGGCCAUUCAUGGAUGUCUGAGCAAGACUUCCAUGAGGUGUUUGCUGAAGGUGUCCUGUCCUGCUUAGACCGCGUUGGAAGCGCCGAGCUAUGCUGUGGGCUCAGAAUUGACGACGAUGAGUCGAAGAGUUGGGUUGCUAACCCAAUGUUCCAACACCUGGUCUACAAGUCUAGCAAUCUUGUGGUGGCAGACAAAAAGGGGAAAUCUGGCGUGUUGAUAAAAACACGCCUGUUCGAGGCAACUUCAAACCAGGAGGUUAUUGAGAUCUUGCAAGAUGGCUUCGUGUUGAAGCUCCAGUCGGCCCUUCAGGCUGACCCCAACAAGCCUAUGCUGGACAUGAGUCCGGACGAGCUUGGUGUGGAUUCUUUGGUCGCCGUUGACCUCCGGUCAUGGUUCCUUAAGGAGUUGGGUGUUGACAUGCCUGUGUUGAAAAUCUUUAAUGCGGCGUCGAUUCGUGACCUUUUGGCCACUGCUGCUGAAGUUCUACCAGAGUCCUUGGUUCCCAAUUUGAUUCCUGGUGAUCAGGCUGUGAAGCUACCAGCGCACCAACCCAAUCCUUCUGUCGCUGCAACAGCUGCUGUCCCCGCAGAUCUGCCCGUCGAUAUAAUAGUUCCAGAGAGCAGAGCCAGCUCCAUGGAAUUGAAGUUUGCACUCCCGGACGCAACGAACGCAUAUAGCGGCAGCUCCGCGACGUCUUUAAUUACUGGAGACUCAAAUUCUGAGAAUAAUGACGACACUUCAUCAUCCCUUUUUACUGACGACAGCGAAAUGAGCCCCGCAAAACGUGAAAUCCAAAGAACUGUGCCGAUGUCCUACGGGCAGUCGCGCUUCUGGUUUUUAGAGCACCUGGUCGAGGACAAGACCGCAUUCAACAUUACACCGUCAUUUGAAUUGUCUGGCCGCUUAAGAAUUGAAGAAUUUGGGAAUGCUGUACAAACCGCGGCACAACAUCACGAAGCAUUGCGUACGUUCUUCUUCACUGACGAUGAGCGAAAUCAUAUGCAAGGCAUUUGGACGAAAUCUACCUUGCAGUUGGAGCACGUUGCAAUCUCGGAUGAGACAGAAGUCGAAGAGGCCUCAAAGGAGAUGGAGGCACAUGUUUUCAGACUUUCUGAUGGCGAGAUCAUGCGUGUGCGGCUGCUUUCACUCAACCCAGAAAAGCACUGGCUAAUCUUCGGCUUCCAUCACAUCAACAUGGAUGGCAUUAGCUUCGAAGUAUUUUGGUCAGACGUGGAAAAGGCGUAUCAAGGACAACCCCUUUCCGAAGAUGGACUUCAAUAUCCAGACUUUAGUAUGCGACAGCUUCGUGAAUACGAAGAGGGCGUCUGGGGUGGGGACCUCACUUACUGGCGAGCACAAUAUACCGAUAUUCCACCCACAAUUCCCCUUCUUCCAUUUUCCCUACAGCCCAUGCGGCCCAAUGUUGCUCAAUUCGGGUCUCAUACUGCCCAGAUUCGCCUCGAUGUCAGUUUGUCGGAUUCAAUUGACCGGUGUUGCCGAAUGUUCAAAUCAACACCCUUCCAUUUCCACUUGGCAGUCUGGAAGACUCUUCUUCUACGGUUCUUUGAUAUAAAGGAUGUUUGCAUCGGCCUCGGAGAUGGGAACCGUACGGAUGCCGACAUCCUGCGGAGCAUGGGACUUUUCUUGAACCUUCUUCCUGUGAGGUUCUCUCAGCAGCCAGGUCAAUCCUUUGGAGAAUCUCUCAAGGAGGUCCGGAACAUCACUCAGGGUGCAUUUUCCCACUCGCGUGUGCCAUUUGAUGUGAUCUUGACAGAACUCAACGUCCCACGAUCCGCGUCACACAACCCCCUAUGCCAGACCCUCUUCAACUAUCGACCCAAAGUCGAGCAAUCACGAAGCUUCUGCGGUUGUUUGGCCGAUGGCGCACUUUUGGGCGGCGGCGAAACUUCUUUUGACCUCGGUCUGGAUGUUGGCAAUGUCGGUGCUGGCGAGACGCUAAUUCACCUGUCAGCCCAGAAGAGCUUAUAUGGAAUGGAACAUGCUGAAAUCCUUCUCAGUUCCUAUGUCAAUCUUCUCCGGUCAUUUCUUCAAAACCCAGCCACUCGGGUUACGUGGCCAGAAUUACAUUCAAAAGAAGACCUCCAAGUGGCACUUCGAGACGAGUAUGCUAUGAGUAUCGUCCACCGCCUAGAUGAAGUUGCCUUGCGCUAUCCAGACCAUGUCGCAUUGAAACCCCACGAUGGGAGCCCCUUGACCUAUGCUGAAAUCCAGCGUCGCAUCGAUGUUAUCGCCAACGAGCUCUUACGGAAUGGAGUUGGCGCGGGUACCCGUGUUGGGGUCUUCCAGUCACCGAGUGCAGACUGGAUAUGUUCUCUCAUAGCCAUCUUGCGUGUCGGUGGUGCCUACAUCCCGUUGGACAAAAAGGUAGGGAUGAGCAGACUCGCGAUGAUCAUGAAGGAAACACAAGCACCGAUGGUAUUGGUUGAUACAAACUCCAUCUCUGAUUUCCCUCUUUUGCACACCACGGCGAAACCCAUCGACGUAUGUGGCCUAAACGGCUCUACUGCACGUGGCGUCCCAAAUAUGGCUAUCCCAAGCCAGACAGCAGUGAUCAUGUAUACCAGUGGAUCAACUGGUGUCCCAAAAGGAAUCAUGAUUGCCCAUUCGGCAUAUGUGCACCACGUUCAGUCAUGCAGUGAAGUCUGGAAACUUAAACAGGGAAGCGAGAUCAUCCUGCAUCAAUCGUCUUAUGCAUGGGAUGCGUCUUUGUGGCAGAUCAUGGUCUCCCUAUGCUCGGGCGCGACCCUUGUUAUUGCAUCUGAUCUCACAAGAGGCGAUCCCGUUGCUAUCACACAACUUAUCGCAUCGGAGAAUGUGACAUGCACGCUUGCGACGCCCACGGAAUAUCUCGCUUGGGUGCGUCAUGGUCGCUCUCACCUCAGUAACUCUCGCUUGUCGACUGCGAUUUGUGGUGGUGAAUUCAUGUCAAAUGGCUUAAUUGAAGAGAUUAAGAAUCUCCAUCGGCCGGAUCUCAAACUGAUAAAUGCUUAUGGGCCGGCCGAGAUCAGUGUUGCAUGCUCGGGCAGUGAAGUCCCUUACAACCUGUUGGAUUCGACAUCAACAUCGCCUGCGCCAGCGCUGUAUACUCUACCAAACUAUUCUGUUUACAUUGUCGACGAAACUUUAAAUCCUGUUCCUAUCGGAGUUCCUGGUGAAGUUGUUAUUGGCGGCGCAGGAGUUUCUCAGGGCUAUCUUGACGGCACCAAAACUACUGAACGCUUUUCGAAUGAUCGAUACGCGAGCAAAUUCUUCCAGCAGAAGAACUGGACAACAAUCCACCACACUGGAGAUCGGGGAAAACUCAAUCGCGAUGGUGGUCUUAUUCUUCUUGGGCGCAUGGACGGGGAUAACCAAAUCAAAUUGAGGGGAAUUCGCAUCAAUAUUGAAGAAAUCGAGACCGCGAUCGUCAGUUCCUCGGCUGGAGUUAUCACCCAAGCUGUUGUAUCUGUUCGUUCAGACGCAACGGAAUCCGGGGGUGAUCAAUUUCUAGUUGCCUUCGUGUUAAUGGCUCCUACGCACGAUUCUGAAAGUUCGGUUCAAUUUCUCGCGCGCCUUUCCCAAGAGCUGCCACUGCCACAUCAUAUGCGACCUGCUGCUAUCAUUCCAGUUGAAAGCUUUCCCCAAAAUACCUCGGGAAAGACUGAUCGUGCUGCAAUCAGCGCGUUUCCCAUUCCGUUGAUUUCAUCCAAGCUACUGGACGACACCACUCUCACGGCAUUUGAACAGUCAUUGCGUCACCUCUGGGAACAGGCACUCCCCCGGGAACUUAGUAGCUUUCACUCAAUCGAUUCCCUGUCCGACUUCUUCCACGUUGGUGGAAGUUCGCUCGCCCUGGUGAACCUGCAAGCUCUGAUCAAGGAGAACCUCGGUGCAUCUAUGCACUUCACUCUACGUGGAAUGGCAGCUAUGAUUCAAGACAUAUCUCGUCCCGCACUUGAGCUAGAUGUGAAUUGGGAUACAGAAGUUGAAGUCGCAUCCGACCUCACUUCUCUGGGUUACAGUGACAUUCACGUUAUCGCCUCGGGGAUCAAGACUGUUGUCCUUACCGGGGCAACUGGUUUCCUUGGCAAGGAAAUCCUCCGGAGGCUCAUAGAAGAUGAAAAGGUCUCAUUCAUUCAUUGUCUUGCUGUCAGAAAAAGAUCCUUGGAUUUGCCUGAACUAUUUGCUCAUCCGAAAGUUCAUUUACAUUUUGGUGAUCUAGGGGCUCCUCAACUGGGACUCUCGGAUUCCGACACGAAAUCGAUAUUCUCCUGUGCAGACAUUGUUAUUCACAAUGGCGCGGAUGUAUCGUUCAUGAAAACAUACCGAACCCUUAAGCUGAUCAAUGUGGCAUCGACAAAGGAACUCGUCAAACUUGCAUUGCCCCGGCGUAUUCCAUUCCAUUUUGUCUCGACGGCUGGUGUGGCGCGCCUUGCCGCUCAAGAAAGUUUCGGGGAGACGUCUGUCUCGUCGUAUCCUCCUCCGUCUCGACCAACAGAUGGGUACAUCGCUGCCAAGUGGGUGAGCGAAGUCUAUCUGGAACGCAUCAACCGCCAAUUUGGUCUCCCCGUAUGGAUCCACCGUCCAUCGAGCAUCACCGGUACCGAUGCACCAGAACUUGACCUCAUGGGCAAUGUCAUGCGGUUUACCAAAACAACCCAGAAGGUGCCGGACUCGAGCUCAUGGUCAGGGGUCUUCGAUCUCAUUUCUGUACAGUCAGCCGCAAGCCAACUACUGGAAGCAGUUCACCAAUCUAGCGUCACUGAACUAGCUAUUGGGUGUGUGACCUACCUGUAUGAAUCUGGCGAGAUGAAGAUAGGACGUGAUGAGAUUAUGCCCUUGAUGGAAUCGGGCUUGGGCCAACAGUUUCAGAUCGUUUCCCUAGACGAGUGGGUGAAUGCUGCCGAACAAGCAGGAAUGAGUGUAUUGUUGGGAGAGUACUUGCGCAGGGCUGACGGUCAGGUUCUCCUCCCCAGGUUGAUUAAAGCUAGAUUUUCCGAGGAUGAAUGA